AUGGAUAAUUUGACAGCUGAAGACUAUUUAACACAACAGACAGCAUUAGAAGAAGAAGCAAAAGAAUUAAUGCCAUGGGACCCAAAAACAUGUACUUAUACAUUAGGACCAUUAAAGCAACAAAUAUAUGCAUGUCUUUCGCAUGAUAACAUUGGUAUAUGUUAUUCCUGUUCUAUUCGUUGUCACACUUCAUGUGAGAUAGUGGAAUUAUUCACGAAAAGACACUUUACUUGUGAUUGUGGAACAGAAAAAGAUAAAAGAAUAGAUUCGAAGAGUUCCGCAUAUAAAUGUGAGAUACGUCAAAAUAAAGAAUCUGAUAUUGCUGCUGUUGAUAAUGUAUAUGGGCAUAAUUUUGAAGGUUUAUUUUGCGAUUGUUCUAAGGAAUAUGACCCAGAGUCCCCAAGUGUUAUGAUUCAAUGCAUAUUGGGCCUUGUUUGUAGGGAGGAUUGGUAUCAUGACUAUUGUAUAAUGGGUUAUACAGAGGAUGAAUUGAAUACUGUAACAAGGAAAUUAGGGGAAGGUAAGUCCGAGAACCUUAUUGAUGGCUUCCCAGAUUUAGAGUCAUUUGACUCUUUUAUUUGUUGGAAAUGUGUGUCUAGUUAUAAAUAUUAUUUCCAAAAGAUAAUAUCUAAUGAUUUGUCUAAGAAUAUAAUAUCUUGUACUAUUAAUCAUGGAAAAUCGUCUCAUUUUAUUAACGCUAAUGGUAAAAGAGCUAAUUCAGAUAGUGAAAUCCCAUAUUCAAUUUUCUUAAAGGAAGAUUAUAGUAAGGACUUAGAGAAAUUAAGAGAUUCCUUGAUAGAUCGUAAGGACAAAUUAUAUAUCUUUUUGACAGAGUUAGCACCAUUUUUGAUUAAAGACGACGAAUUAUAUGAGCCUCCUACCGAAGAAAACGAGUCAAUGGUAGAUAUAAUAAGUAAGUCACUGUCAUCGUCGAUGAGUACGUCGGAUAUUAUUUUAGGAACAACUGCGCUACACAAGUUGCAGUCUAGCCUUAAAGAGUUUCUCAAGCCCUUUGCAGAAAAAGGUGAAGUUGUUAAAGAUGAAGAUAUAAGUUCGUUCUUUCAGUCAUCUAGUUAG